ACGCAAGUAUUUUUGUCAACAUGUCGGACAACGAGGACCUACUCGGCGAUGAUUUAGGAGACCACAGUCUCGCAGAUUAUAACCUCGGUAAUGAAGAAGAGGAACAGCUUCUCGCUGAUGAUUAUGACAGUGGCCCGUCACAAAAUGUUCCCAGUUCGAACAAUUCCUCAUACAAUGAAUCAGUAGACACAGUACCUACGGUGCAAGGCAUUGAAUAUGCUCAGCCAGGGCCAUACACACAACCAGAGCCAGAAUGUGUUGUCCCCAAUAUAAUAGUGGAAGUACCGAACGUAACACAAACGGAGCACACAACAUAUGCAACAUUCAAUGAGCCAUAUGAGCAAGAACAUGCUGUACCACCGGCCAUUCCGGCCGCCCCCGUGGAGUCACCACAAAUCGUACCGUCGGAGUUGCCCCCUGCACCGAAGUCCGUCAGCCAACGCUCCCCGCGCACACGCAACAUUCCCGACUCGCUAGAUAAAGUGUUCGUACCGCGGAAUUCAUACAACGGUCGCGGUCGCAGCUCGUGGAGGAACCCGCACUACCGACAGAACCAUCCCUACAGACGUAAUAACACUUUCAGGGGUAAUUUCGCUCAGCGCCCGUCGUUCCCUCCGCCAAACAUUCGACCACCGAUCCCAAACCAGCUACCAAAUAGACCAGAUAUACCAGACAAUCGUCCGAAUUUACCGCAAAUGCCUCGAGCAUUAUCACCCGAGCGACCCCUUCCACCUCCCGAAAUAAUCCAACCUUCGAAUCCACCAAUUGAGAACCGACCGUUCAAUCAAAACUUCCAAAGAUUCCAGUUCAGGAAUGAGGAGCCGAACUUUGUGCCAAACAUUCGGCCCAACUACGAACGUCCAAUGUUCUACCAACGUCCUUACAACCCGAGACAAUUUGGCCCAAGGGAUAUGAUGCCCAAUAAUAUGCCCCAAGUCAUAAGACAACCUUUACCAUUAAUGACAGUGAACCUGCCAAAGGGCAGGGAACCGGAAGUAAGAAUGUUGCCAGUUUUGCCUCCGAACUUACCGAACUUACCCCCUGGAGGGCUAGCAGGGAAGAAAGUUUUGAUCAAUCCUCACUUUAAAGGGAAUUUUCAACCGCCUGUUGAAGGGCUCCCAACAUACGUUCCGACGAGAAUACAAAAAAGUCCGCCUCUCAGUCCAACACUGGAGAGUAAAUUCGGGCCCAUCAAGGACAUCGACGACGCGGCGGAGCGGUUCAUCGCCGAGCAGCGCAGCGCCCUGGCGCGCGCGCAGCGCCGGCACCGCGCCGAGCCGCAGAGGUACAUCGAGAACACUACAAUAGAGAUAGAGAACGAUCUCGCACGCAGCUGCGAGGAUCGCGAGCUGUUGCGGAAACAGGAGGAGUUCAUCAACGCCAACAGAGCUGGUCUGCGGCGACGGAUGCGCUCGCCCUCCCCCCCGCGCUCGCCGUCCCCGCGCCGCAGCCCCGAGCGCCGCCCGCGCGCCAGCGACGAGGAGAGCGAGUACCGGCGGCGCGUGCGCGAGCAGGAGUGUCUGCGCGAGCGCGUGCUGCGCGCCAAGGAGCUGCGGCGCCGGAAGAGCGCCGCCGCGCUGCAGCGGGACCUGGCCGACAGAUAUAAGGAUCAACCGGACAAAGAAGUUCCAAAGGAAGAAAUAAAACAAACCGAUACAAAGGAAGAUAAACAGAGCAUCGCAUUUACAAACGAUACUCAACAAGUGAAACCGGACACUACUAGGAAGACACCGGAGAGAGAGAAGGAGACGGAGAUAGCAGAAGAGAAGAAAGAGACUAGAGAUAGGUCUCCCAUCAAGGUCGUGGAGAGCGCUGAGGCUAAUUCUACUUGUGAGACGCUGACCCCCCCGCCGCCGUCGCCCGAGCGCGGCGCGACCCCCCCGCUGCCGCCGCCCGCGCGCGCGCCGCUCGACAGCGACGACGACCUCGACCUCAUCCUCGACGACAUCGACGACAUCCUCUCCGACGACGACGACUCCGGCCGGUUCAAGGAGAAGGCCAGCAAGGACGAAGGGCCAAAAACAGUUGAAAAGCAAGUCGACCUCCGCUCAAAAUUACCUCCUAAAGUCGCCGAACCAAAGAAACCGAGACAGAAGAUCACUUUUAACGACAACAGUGAAGAUAAACGAAAGAAAGAUAAAUCACCAGUACGGCGAUCUGGCUUGGGAGCGAACAAAACAAACCACGCUGUAAAAGCUGACACAAAAACCGAUAAGGCAAAAUCGAAAGUGGAAGUCAACGCCACUACGAUUAAGUCGAGGCAAAAGAUUACAUUUGACAAAAAAGAUGCCGGCCGGCCGGCGGCGCCCGCGCGGCGCGUGGUGCUGCGCAAGGCGGCCGCCGCCGACCCCUCGCAGCCCACCCCGUGCAUCUUCAGCCGCGCCGUGCGCACGGCCAUCGCGCCGCCCGCCCCCCCGGGCCCCCCGCCGGCCCCCGCCGCCCCCGCCGCCCCCGCGGGCCCCCCGCCCGCCGCGCUCGUGCGCAACCUGCCGCCCGGCAUCACGGACACGCGCCUGCGCACGCUCGCCGCCGACUCGCAGAGCUUAAGUUUGGAUAAAGAGGAACGCAGCGCUAUUAUAAUAUUCAAAACGGGUCUCGCGGCUGAAAAUUUUAAGAAGAAAUUCAACAACAAGAUGGUCGCCGCCAGUCGUUUGACUGUUACUUUACAAUAGAUAACGUAUUUAAGUUAAUUAAUAGAAUUGUUUAAUAUUCAAAUAUUUGUAAAGCCACUGCCACACCUGCUUUUUGCCAUGUCGUUACAAUUUUUAAUCUGUUACUUAAAGGCGAUGUAUUAUUUAGGUCUGUCGAGUCUUUAAGUGUCAUCCUGACCGUUUUCUUAUUUAUCAGUAAUUGUAUAAAAAAAUCACUGCCGCGUUGGUCUAGUGGCUAGAUAUAAGGCCGCUGACCAGGAAGUGCUGGAUUCAGUUCCCAGGUCGGGCCAUUAAAAAGUUAUUGAGCUUUUCUGUUAGAAAAUCCUCAGUAGCAGCCCGGGGUCUGGAAGUAUAUACACUCCUGUGCCUCGGAAAGCACGUUAAGCCUUUGGACCUGCGCCUGAACUUUUUCCGGUCGUGUCGGAUUGCCGUCCCAUCGGAUUAUGAGAGUUAUGGAAUAGAGAGUGCACCUGUGUUUGCGCAUACACUUGUGCACUAUAAUAUCUCCUGCACAGAAAGAAAUCGGUCGGGAGGACCUUACUGUAUAUAAGAAAAUAUUACAUGUUUUUAUAAAUUUAUACUCUAUGAAAAAAAAAUGUAUUUGUUAAAAAAAUACCAUAGACAAUUAUAUUGUGUCUUUUAAAUAAGAGAACUGUUAAACAACAUUAUAAUUAAAAGAUUAUUUUAAAAUACGCCUCUUAUAUUAUCAACCUCAAAUUUCUGAAACGCCGAUCAUAAUCAGAUUAUUUAAUUUGAAUGACAAUUGAGGUAAUUAAAGUGUUUGUUUGUGGUCGUUCAGUCGCUCAGGUGUGACCGUAGCUUUACAUAUGUUUCUGCACGAGUAUGUUGCAUUCUUAAAGAAUUUCACUAACAUUGUUUUUUCCUCCGAUAAAAAUAUACUUUAUAGAUAUAUAUAAAUAAAAGCCAUGUAUAAUUAUUAUAAUCCAAUUUUAGUUUGAACAUGUUGAACACAUCUCUGUGUUAUCAUAUAGUAUUCGUUUACUAUGAAAGUUAAAAUAUUUAAAAAAAGAAUGUAUAAAUUAAAACUUAAACAACAAGAUUUAGUCCGAGUAACUUUAUUGUAACUAUGAUAAACAUACACACAUCAUUUUUGCGCUUGAUUAUGUUAAAUUUUAAAUUCAAAUUCAUUACCCCGGUAUCCGUUUUCAACGACUUUGACAAUUCCCCUUUAAUUAAAUAUUAUUUUUUAUAUAAAGGUUAUUUAUUGUUUCAAUAUUGUUUAAAAUAAAUGAUAGAUAAAAAGAUGAAUGUUAGACAAUUUAUUACUGUUAUUUUUUUUUCUUUUUUUUUUUAAAUAACAUCAUUAACUAAUUACGCUUUAUUGUUAUGUCAGAUUCAAAUAAACACACACACGCUCACGGACAUACGCACACACACAUUAAGUCGUUUUAAACGGAUUCCAUCGUAUGUUAUUCACAUUAUGUGACUUAUGACAUUGUUUAUAUAAAAGAUUUGAAUUUACUAAUUUAACUUAAAAAAGAAACAAAUUAAAAAAAAAUAAUUAAAACCUAUUUAUGGAGAAAUGCUCAAUAUGUUUCAACGGCGAACAUUUAACAACGAUAUUAUGAUCACAAAUGUAAAUUGUAAGUAAAAUUUAAUAAUUUAUAUAGAUUUAUUCAGUUUUAUAAUUUUAAAACGUUGAACUUGCUCGAUCCGGUGUUGCCAUGUCGCAUUUGUCAGUGGUCACUAUUUUUGACCAAUUAAUUAUAUUUUUGUAUUCUAUAUACAUCUCUAUUUAGUAAAUAAGUAUUUUAUAGUUUUCUGUUACAUAAUUGAACCACUGGAUUAUGUUUUAUUAAAUUCGUUGUCGGUUCCUAAUAAUAUAUAAGUAAAUAUAGACAUACUCUGAAUUAUUACAUAUUUGUAUUAUUUUUUUUUAUUAAGAACAACCUAUGUUUUGAUUUAUAGUUUUUCUCACACAAAAGUAUGUAUUAGUCAAAUAUGUUAUGUAACAAAUUUGAUAUUAUUAUAUAACAUUGUGAUUUAUUUGAGUAAUAAAAAGAUAAUUUUGACCAAAUUUAGUCACAGUUUAUAUUAAUUUGGCUAUAUUUUUUUUAUAAAAUAUGAAAGUAUAUCAAUAUAAAUAUUAUAAAAAGUAUAAUAUUUUGUAUCUUAAAUAUCAAUGUUAUAAAUUCAACAAAACACAACGGGUCACACAAAAAUAUAAUACAAAAAUCAAUGUUGUAUAAAUUGGUCAUACAGUGCUAUAAUACAUAUGUAUGUAUACUAAAUGAAAAAAACAAAGUCAUCUAAUAUAUUCAUAAUUAAUUGAUAUACUGAAUUUCAACACUAUAUGAUUUUAUUGUUGAAAGUAUAAUCACUACUGACAAAAGGAUAUAAAAAAAUAAAGUUCCAAUUCAUAUGUCUGUAGGAAGAGAAUGGUAUGUUACCGUAUAUUUAUUUAAGAAAUUGUUUUAUAAGUUAUCCCGGAAACAGCAGAGGAAAAUCUAUGAAUAUUUUAGUAAUAUAUACUAGAUAAAACGUUUUACGAAUUUAAAGUAUUCAAUUUUUAAAACGACUUUCUUGCACUUGUAGUAGCGACUUUUCUUUGUAAUUUUCCUUAUAUGCAUUACAUACAUACAUUUAUUUAUAAGGUGCUUAUUGUAUUAUUACUGUCUAACUAAUAGACCUUGUUUAGCGUGUGUCUAUAGAUACACACAAUGUCUCUGUCAUCUGUAAUUUGACAUACGAAAGAAAGAGACAGCGCUAUAUGCAAGAGCGCUUCUGUAUGUAAAUUGUAAUUUGUGUGUCAUUUAAACGAAAUCAAAUAAAUUUUUACACUGAG